AUGUGUGGCAUUUUCGGCUACGUCAAUUACCUGGUGGAGAAGGACCGCAAGUUCAUUCUUGACACUCUCAUCAAUGGUCUGUCCCGACUCGAAUACCGCGGCUACGACUCGGCCGGUCUAGCUGUCGACGGCGACAAGAAGAACGAGGUCUUUGCCUUCAAAGAGGUUGGCAAGGUUGCCAAGCUCAAGCAGCUCAUCGACGAGUCCGAGAUCGACCUUACCAAGGUUUUCGACUCACAUGCCGGUAUCGCCCACACCCGGUGGGCUACCCAUGGUCCUCCCUCCCGCGUAAACUGCCACCCUCACCGAUCUGACCCGAACUGGGAGUUCGCCAUCGUCCACAAUGGUAUCAUUACCAACUACAAGGAGCUCCGGACGCUGCUCGAGAGCAAGGGCUUCAAGUUUGAGACCGAGACCGACACCGAGUGCAUUGCCAAGUUGACCAAGUACAUCUACGACAAGCACCCUGGCGUCGGCUUCACCGACCUGGCCAAGGCCGUCAUCCAGGAGCUCGAGGGUGCCUACGGUCUGCUCAUCAAGUCCGUCCACUACCCCCACGAGGUCAUUGCCGCCCGCAAGGGAUCUCCUCUUGUCAUCGGUGUCAAGACGCAGAAGCGCAUGAAGGUCGACUUUGUCGAUGUCGAGUACGCCGACGAGAACGCCCCUCUGGCCGCCGAGACUGCCGCCCAGAACGUCGCCCUCCGGAAGGCCGGCGUCAGCAGCGGCAGCAACUUCCUCUCCCCCAACGCUGCCGCCGGUGCCAGCGGCCUCGCUCCCCCAGACAAGUCCCUCCUCCACCGGUCUCAGUCCCGUGCUUUCAUGACCGACGACGGCAUGCCCAUGCCCACCGAGUUCUUCCUGUCCUCCGACCCGUCUGCCAUCGUCGAGCACACCAAGAAGGUUAUGUACCUGGAGGACGACGACAUUGCGCACAUCCAUGAGGGUUCCCUCAACAUCCACCGUCUCAAGAAGGCCGACGGUAGCUCCAAUGUCCGCACCAUCCAGACCCUCGAGCUCGAACUCCAGGAGAUCAUGAAGGGCAAGUUCGACCACUUCAUGCAGAAGGAGAUUUUCGAGCAGCCCGAGUCCGUUGUCAACACCAUGCGUGGUCGUCUGGAUAUCGAGAACAGGAAGGUCACCCUCGGUGGUCUGCGCUCCUAUAUCAGCACCAUCCGCCGGUGCAGACGUAUCAUCUUCAUUGCUUGCGGUACCUCAUAUCACAGCUGCAUGGCUGUCCGCGGCAUCUUUGAGGAGCUUGCCGAGAUCCCCAUCGCCGUCGAGCUGGCCUCUGACUUCCUUGAUCGACAAGCCCCUGUCUUCCGUGACGACACGUGCGUUUUCGUUUCCCAGUCUGGUGAGACUGCCGACUCCCUGAUGGCUCUCCGCUACUGUCUGGAGCGCGGUGCUCUGACGGUCGGUAUCGUCAACGUCGUGGGCUCUUCCAUCUCCCUGCUGACGCACUGUGGCGUCCACGUUAACGCCGGUCCUGAGAUUGGUGUCGCUUCUACCAAGGCAUACACCUCGCAGUUCAUCGCCAUGGUCAUGUUCGCCCUGUCCCUUAGUGAGGACCGUGCCAGCAAGCAGAAGCGUCGCGAGGAGAUCAUGGAGGGUCUUAGCAAGAUCUCGGACCAGAUCAAGGAGGUCUUGAAGCAGGACCAGCAGAUCAAGGCCAUGUGCGAGAAGAAGUUCAAGAACCAGAAGUCGCUGCUGCUCCUGGGCCGUGGCCAGCAGUUCAGCACCGCUCUCGAGGGCGCGCUCAAGAUCAAGGAGAUCUCCUACCUUCACUGCGAGGCCGUCAUGUCUGGCGAGCUCAAGCACGGUGUCCUGGCGCUCGUCGACGAGAACCUUCCCAUCAUUAUGAUCCUGACCCGUGACGACCUCUUCAAGAAGUCGCUCAACGCGUACCAGCAGGUUGCUGCUCGCGGUGGCAAGCCCAUUGUCAUUUGCAACACGGGCGACCAGGAGUUCAACGCUGAGGAGGCCGAGAGGAUCGAGAUUCCCAAGACGGUCGACGCUCUCCAGGGCAUCCUCAACGUCAUUCCUCUGCAGCUCAUCGCCUACUGGCUCGCCGUCAUGGAGGGUCUCAACGUCGAUUUCCCGCGCAACCUGGCCAAGUCUGUCACCGUCGAGUAA